CUGUGCUCAGGAACUUGAAAAGAGCCCUGAAAGAAUGAGCGAAUGUACCUUGUCCUCUUGGCCAUACCACAGACGCUGCUGUACAGUGCCCAGGCAAACUGAAUCUUUACACAGAAAUGUCAUAGUUAAUCCCAGUUCCAUCUGCAGCGGCUGCUUGUUAGUGCAUCCUUCAUAUGGCAUUAGCCCACUUCUCACAACAAGGUGUUCAUGUCGCAACUACUGUCCCUUUCUUCUUGAUGCAAAAUGUAGGGCAGGACAGAAUUUGGAGUGGUCACUGGAUGUUGGUAGUCCGGUUCUGGCAAAAAAAGAAAGCAACUGUUAUUAUUACCGAGGAACAAUCAUAAAAGAUUUAGAGGCAAGUGAGCAAAGAUCAUUUCUGGUACAAUUUGCAAUGGGGCAAGACGCACCUUAUUCGCAAAAAACAGCCAGCAGUGAUAUCCUUGAAUGUGUGAAUGGAAUGAGACAUUCUAUCCUGCCUGGUGAUAAAGUGAUGGCCCCCUGGGAACCAGAGCAGAAGAGGUACGGGCCAGGAACUGUCCUCCAGGGCAUGGAAACCAGAGAACCUCUGCGAGAAAAAGAAGACGAGCAAAUUACAGUCAGCUUUUGGAACGGCAAGAAAGCCAAAGUUCCAUUAGGCCUCGCUUUGUGGAUUUCUCCAGCACGGUGGGAGAGAAUUGUAGAGAGGAUCCAUAUGCCCUACACAAGCAAGAAGCAAUGUGAGGGGCAGCCUCACAGGCCUGGCUACUUCAAUUGUUCACACAGAACUAUUCCAACUUGUGCUUUGGGUGAUUUCCAAAGGUGCUGGUGCACACGUUGCUGUUUUAUCCAUCCUUGCUGUAGUGAUUUUCAUCAUACAUGCUUAUUGCCUAGACACAGGCAAUGUGUCUCCUGUUGCUGCCGCUGCUACUCUGAAUACAGUGGCUGGCGGACACAGCCCUCUUUAGCUGAAUUAACCUCUGGAGAUUUUAAAAAAGAAUUCACUAGUAAGCCUACAACACCAUUCUUAGCAAUAGAAGCCUCUCCCAAAGCAGAACAUGCUGCUGUGUUACCCAGCUGUUCCUCAUCCUCUUCAGAGUCUCAGUGUGAAAGGGAAAAAAAUAAGACCGAGAGUACAAUGGUAGAUCGUGCAGUGAACACAGAUUCUAGUCUUUUUGAAAACCCCACCCUACAGGAAACCAGAAGACCAGAGUGGAAGUACUGGAAGAGAAGCCAACCCACUUUUGUUUAUAAAAGCCAAGGAGCCAACAUUGUCAGUAGCAGCUGCAGAAAAGAAAGAGCUGACAACAAAGCCAUGUCAUCCAGAGAUGGAUUUCCACCAAUUCUGUACAACCACAGUGCUAUAUUUGAAACCAUUGAACAGUCUCAUCAAAGGCAUCUUUCGAUGAAGAAAAUCUUGAGCCAUGGAAUUACUAGCUCAUCGUGGGGAGGUUAAUUAUGUAUAGAAUUGCUACCACCACCCCUUUCAGGAAUUCAAGAUGGCACUAAACAGUAGCACUGUUUAUAAGAUUCGCUUAGCUAUUUCAUAAGUUCUUCUUGUCAUACUACUGAAACCCUGAACAACAGCAGGGUAAAGUAAUUUUGAAGUAACUGGUUUUUUAAGUUUGAGACUAGUCAUGCCAUAAAAAAAUAAAAGGGAAUCAAAUCGAUAUGCUCUUAGCCAAAAGGCUUUGUACUAAACAUUAGAUGCUGAUGAGUGUAAUGGAUUUAGUCAUUUAUCUUUAGCCAGAAUGUACUGUUUGUUCUAUCUACAGAGAAGCAAAAUAAAAUUGCUUUUCCCUACUCUA